CCGGGUCGGCGGCGUGCGGGGCGGGAGCCCUGAGGAGCGGCAGCGGCGGCCCCGGCCCCGGCCCCGGAGGGUGCCCGUGGUCCCCGGGCCGCCAGCCGCCUGCCCCCCAGCGCCGGGCCGUGGGCUGCCCGCGGCGGCGCUGAGGCGCGGGCGGCGCGGCGGGAGUGGCGGCGGCCGGAGCGCAGGAGCGGGCAAGGAGCGCUGCGAGCCGGGGAGAUGUCCGCCCCGUACGGCAGCCUCAUGCGGUACCUGUUCCCAGCCCUGCUGCUGCACGGGCUGGGAGAAAGUUCUGCUCUUCUUCACCCAGACAGCAGGACCCACCCUCGGUCCUUGGAGAAGAGUGCCUGGAGGGCUUUCAAGGAGUCACAGUGCCAUCAUAUGCUGAAACACCUUCACAAUGGAGCCCGGAUCACUGUACAGAUGCCUCCCAAUAUUGAGGGCCACUGGGUCUCUACUGGCUGCGAAGUUAGAGCAGGCCCAGAGUUCAUCACAAGAUCAUACAGGUUCUACCACAACAACACGUUCAAGGCCUAUCAGUUCUAUUACGGUGGCAAUCGCUGCACGAACCCCAUCUACACCUUAGUCAUACGUGGCAAAAUUCGUCUCCGGCAGGCGUCCUGGAUCAUCCGGGGGGGCACCGAGGCCGACUAUCAGCUCCGCAACAUACAGAUCAUAUGCCACAACGAAGCAGUAGCCAAAAAAAUAAGUGAGUUGGUGAACCAGACGUGUCCUGGAUUUAUCCCAGAAGAUAGUCCCUGGGAGCAGGAUGUGAGCUAUGAUUUGCUGAGAGAAGAGAACGGCUGUGAAUGCACCAAAGCUCUGAAUUUUGCCAUGCACGAACUCCAGCUGAUCCGCGUGGAGAAGCAGUACCUGCACCACAAUUUUGACCACCUUGUGGAGGAGUUAUUCCUCGGAGACAUUCACACUGAUGCUACUCAGAGGAGGUACUAUCGGCCCUCUAGUUACCAACCUCCUCUUCAAAAUGCCAAGAACCAUGAGCGCAUGUGCAUCCCAUGCAGGAUCAUCUACCGCUCGGAUGAGCACCACCCACCCAUCCUGGCGCCCAAGGCAGACCUGACCAUCGGGCUGCACGGAGAGUGGGUGAGCCAGCGCUGUGAGGUGCGGCCGGAGGUGCUCUUCCUGACUCGGCACUUCAUCUUCCACGACAACAACAACACCUGGGAGGGCCACUACUACCACUACUCUGACCCCAUCUGCAAGCACCCCACCUUCACCAUCUAUGCCAAGGGACGCUACAGCCGGGGAGUCCACUCGUCCAAAGUCAUGGGUGGCACAGAGUUUGUGUUCAAAGUGAAUCACAUGAAGGUCACUCCCAUGGAUAUAGCCACAGCCUCGCUGCUCAACGUCUUCAAUGGGAAUGAAUGUGGAGCACAGGGAUCCUGGCAGGUUGGGGUUCAGCAGGACGUCACCCACACGAACGGCUGCAUCGCGCUCGGCAUCCGCCUACCUCACACCGAGUAUGAAAUCUUCAAGAUGGAGCAGGAUGCCUGGGGCAGGUACCUGCUCUACAAUGGCCAGAGACCGAGUGAUGGCUCCAGCCCCGACCGACCUGAGAAAAGAGCCACUUCCUACCAGAUGCCUUUAAUUCAGUGCGCCUCAUCAGUACCCAGAUCUGAAGAGUCACCCGAGGAGAAUAAAAUCAGGCUGUAUAGCAGCAGGGCACCGGAAAAAUAUCCCAGCAUCCCAGCUCUUGCUUUGUUGUUUAUUUGUACUGUGUCAUAUUGGGAUAUUCUCAGCUAGAAGCGAGGAAAACUUAUUUUUCAUGACUACAAAGCCAGGAGUCCUCCAGACUGGGGGUUGUUUUUCUUCAGACAGAAAAGGACAUUUAUUUUCUUGAUGCACUUGAAUGCCUGAGAACUGUUGUUCUUUUCCUUACUUCCCUCUUCCUUCUCGAAUCCCGAACGGCACUCGUUUGAUGUUUGUGCUUUGAACUUCAUCCAGUCUGAUCCCUGGCCUGACACGACUGCACAAAAGUAAUUGCACUUUAGGACUGCAGACUUCUGGGGGGAGGGAGGGGGUCUCCUUUUAUUUUUUUUUUUUUUUCUUAACUGCUGGGAUGAACUCUAUGAUCCUGCUUCAGUCAUCUCUGCCAUCUUACUGUUGUGGUACUCUUAUCCCCAUUGCCUGAUUUCUCAUCAGAAUUUAGCUCUGGGGAAGGGCUCGGUGUUGCACCAGUACUGUGAUAGCAGCUUCCCCCUCUGACUUCACAGCUCUGAUGUAGAUAUGUAUAUAAGGAGGAAACCCACAAAGAUUUAUCUUGCCAUUAUCUCACAGCUAAUAAUACAGAAAGAAUCAGCAAAUCAACAGCCCUCUGUUCAAAAUGUGUUAAAUGGUUGACACCCCUAAUUAAAAAAAAAAAAAUACUCCAAGUAAUUUAAGCUAUUUUUACAAUCAUUAAGUUGUAAAAAUAACCAGUGGCUUAGUAUUUUCUCAUUCAAUUAACUUAGCUGUGUAAUUGCUUCGAGGCCUCCCUUUGUAUCUAGAGAGUAGUUACAACUAAGCCCCCUCAAAGCCAGCCAGCAGCAGCAAUUUUCCUGUCAGAUGCACAGAGUGCAGGUAAGCUGCAGGAAAGGCUGCAGGAAAGACUUCUCUUUCCAUAUUCCUGAGGUCUUACAUACUCCACAUGCAGUACUUGGAUCAGCUGGGUGGGCAGAGUAAAGCAAAUGGAAUCCAAUGUGUUCUGCAGCCCUAUUUAGCAGCAUCCUUUUAGUCAUGUGACCUCAUGUAAGAACAGGGAAAAGGGUUACAGCAGCAAGCACACCAUGGUCCCUGGUAGAGCAAGAAGGCAGCUGGAAACAUACCCUCAGGUGGAGGAACACCGGCCCAGUCUUACAGAGGGGAGAGCGAGAGAUGCACUAAUGCAACCACAUCCUUCCUUUCCUCUUUGCUGAACUGUCCCAACACAUGCCACAGUUUCAUAGAGUUUAAAUCAGCAUUGGUUUGGGGAGACACUGCUGGGAAGGUGGAUAGACACAGCCCUCAGAGAGCAUUUGUCAACUAGAGCCUGCCCUGGAAACUCUCAGGUUUCCCUCAGUGGUGAAUACAUCCUUUAGUGCACUGAUGCAAAUCAGAGCAGACUCUGGAAGCAGUAGGGGAGAUGCUUAAGGCCAGCAAGGAGUUAGAAGUUCAUAGAUGAACCAUGCUCCCCUGCUUUAAUGGGGAGUGAACUGAGGGCAUAGCUUAAUCUUGUGUUUGGGCUGUGGCUUCUACUGAUGUACACGUUUUGGCUUACAGGAGGAGCAGGAGCAUCUGUAAGAAACAAGGAGAAAAGUUGUGGCGUUUCUUCACAGCAUAAGCAGCUGCUAGCUGCCCAGCCCAGUACUGUGUCAGAAAAAGAACCUUUAAUGUAUUCCUUUCAGUAUCCUAGAAAAAGUAUGUUUUGAAUGAAAGUCUUUCAACUUUACAUAGUGAGUCUUCAUACUGACUACUAUAGCAAAAGCAUUCCUUGAAAACAUGGAUGUGAAUUUCCUCAGAGUUGAAACAGAAUCAGUUCACCUAGUUUUGAGACAGCAGGAAGACAGAGGGAAGGAGCAGUAUCGUAGAUAGAUGCGCUGCUGAGUCAGACCACAUCUUUCAUAUUUUUUCCUCAGACAAAUGAAAAGUCACAGAAAACUGUUACUUAAGAGUCAGGAGUGGAGCUCAGGUUGGCUCAGUAGUUGCCAGAGAAAGUGUUUAUCCAUCCAUCUGAUGUCAGAUCAUCCUUCAGCUUGUUGGGAGGAUCUGAAAGCCAACUCACCGUGAUGAAUUGAGCCCUAUGAACAACAGCUGUUCUGAUCAGCAUUUCUUGAUGGUUUUUUUGCUCCAUGCAGUCAAAUCUACUUGAAGAGCCAGCUCUGGAUCAGUUGCUGGUGGGUAGCAGGGUUUUAACUAGAGGGUCAAGAAGGAGAUAGGAUGCCUCUGACAGAGGCAUCUACUCUGACAGAGUAGUUAUGAACCAGCAUGGAGUUUGGUUUUCUCUAGAUUGAAUUUCAUAGUCAGCAGAGUGAUACCAGCAUAUCUCUAAGUGGGUUACUGAGCUGUUACAGUCAAACAAGUCCCCUAAGUACCUGCUUCAUUUCUGACUUCUAUUUGAGAUCUAGCAGCAGGAGUGAAUUUACACAAGUUUUUAUUUAAAAGGAUGGAUACUGUGUGGCAUUCCUUAGAUCACACAAGACAAGCUACUUUUACCACCAUUGACCAUUCCCAUGUGGUCCUAUCUCUGAAAAAAAGAUCCAUGAUUAAAAGUUGUCAGACUAUGUCACUUGCCUGUGCAAGUGCCACACACAGCUUGAUCCCAGCUGACAUCUGCACGUGCUUGUGAUGCAGGAUGAAAGCAAAGACCAAAAGAACUGUUCCACAGCAUGAUUUUCUAUACUCAUCGGGGCAAUCAUCUACAGUUUGUUAGUGCCUUGUGGCUCCUCUCUCAAUUAUCUAAUGUCAAAAAUAUUGCAACAGUUUCAAAAGAAAGAUCUGUCUAGUUAUAACCUCUAAAAGCACAUUCACGUCUCAGCUGUUUUGAAUCACAGACGUGCAAAGGUCUAGGUUUUCCAAGGUUUAUGGUUAGACUACAUGAAAAUGUGACUCACUGUACAAAUUGUACAAUAAAUGCUCUUUUUUCCCCUGUUAUUUAAAGACACUUAAAAAGGAAGUAUUUUUAAAAGGUCUUCACAAUGCAUUAUAUGAAAUCUGAUUGGGGACUUCUGUAGCUUAUUUGUAGUGUUGACCAGAAACAUAAUUUUAUGAUCUGGGCUCUUAGCAUUUGCUGCACCAGCUUACCUCCACGUGCCUAUAGAUUUUUAGUUUUUCUUUUAGCCAAUACCAGUCAAGUUGGACAAAGCUGUAAGUCUUCAGAGUGCAUAGUUUAUGUGCUAGUCUGUAUUUUCUGUGAGGCUUCUCCUUGCUUGCAGGCACAGAACGAGGAGCUAAGCUUACCCCCUCUUUUGGUUUCAUCACUCACUAAAUUACCUGCUGUACAGCACCACGUACAUAUGUGACACAAUAUAUUCCAUUCAUUUUAUUUCUCCAACCUGACCUCAUGUGCUGGCAGCCCUGGCUGCUAAAGAAGUUAAGCUGCAAGUGGUUUAGCAGUGGAAGACCUGCAAGCUGGGUGAUUUGUCCCUUGCUGAAAUGAAGAAGGUUUAAAAAAAAAAAAAAAAAAAAAAAAAAAAAGAAUCCAUUAAUGUUAGUAUCUUCAGCUGCAACCAAUGUCACCAAGACAGGUGAAAGUUUUUCCCUCAGUAAUAUCCUACUCAAGGAUCCACCUGACAGAAGAAAUGGCAACCUAAAGAAAUUCUUAGGCAAAUUGUUUUAAGAGGUUCUAUUCAAGAAAUAGGACAAAAGGGAUCAGAAAAGUCAAAACAAGUGUUCUUACUCUGUUUCUAUACUAUUUACGUAUUGUGCCUGCUGUCCUGGGGUAGAAUGUCAUUUCUAUGAACAGAAGUCUGUAUUUUAGGAUAUAAUGUCAGUCUUGUUUGAGUCGGAGCGUGCUUGCCUAAAGUGCAGGAUUUUAAAAGAAAAAAAAAAUCUUUUUAUUUUUGUAAACUUACAGAAGAUAUUUUUCUUCUCAACUAUGUUCCAGAUUAAACUGCUGGGGAAGUUUAAGCACUUGUUAAACUAUUGAUUGAAAUAAAAAAAAAAAGCCUAACUGUAA